AUGCGAACCCGUCCAGCAUGGCGCAUCGUCACGCGUCCACGAGUUUCUCAAUUCAAACACCGUAGCUUUGCUUCUGUGCCUGAACCAUCUCCGAUCAAAGUCCAAUACCAACCGGCACCGCAUUCUGGUAACAUUCGUAUUCUUCUCCUCGACAGGCCCAACGCUCGAAAUGCUUUAUCGCGCAGUCUCGUCAGCGAUUUGAAGCGCCAUGUCAAUGAGAUCCAGGCAGAGGGCGGUGCAGGCCCCACAAGAGCGCUGCUUAUCGCGUCCAAUACAGACAAAGCAUUCUGCGCGGGCGCAGACUUGAGAGAAAGAAAGGAGAUGACGCAGGAAGAGGAAUUCUUGACCGACCUGCGGAACACCUUCACCAAUCUGUCUAAUCUCCUUGUUCCUACCAUCUCCGCUAUAUCGUCUGUCGCGCUUGGUGGUGGUUUGGAACUCGCGCUCUGCACAACAUUUCGGGUCUUUGGUUCUUCCGCGGUUGUAGGGCAACCCGAGACAAAGUUGGCAAUCAUCCCGGGAGCAGGAGGGACGUACAGACUACCUGCAUUGAUCGGGGUCAACAGGGCACGCGACCUCAUUCUCACCGGGCGGCGAAUUAGUGGUGCAGAAGCAUAUUUCCUGGGACUGUGCAAUCGACUUGUGGAGAUUACUCCCCAAGAGGUGAAGGAGGAUGGAACCGCACGGCAAAAGGUGCUAGCAGCCAGUAUCCAGCUUGCCAAUGACAUCUGUGAAGGAGGUCCCAUUGCUCUCACACAAGCAAUGCGUGCAGUCAACGGAUGGCAAUCAGGAGAGGCUGCAGAAAACGAGGCCUACGAGGUCAUUCUAAAAACAGAGGACAGAAUGGAGGCACUGAAAGCAUUUGCAGAAAAGAGGAAGCCAGCCUUCAAAGGCAGAUGA